GAGCAUACAGAAUCUCGCACAAUUAAGAUGGGGCUUCAUUUGUCAGAAGGUUCUGUUGACAUGCAGAUCAUAUCAACCUCAAGCAAGCAGAGACAAAAUUAUUUCAUUUUGCUUGGGAAAUCAGGGAACGUAUAUCUGUAUGAUGAUAAUUUGAUUGAAAGAUAUCUGUUGCAGAGCCAGUCUAAGUCCACUCCUUCACUGCCAAAGGAAGUGGUUGUGAAGUUACCACUGUCAGAUUCAAGCAUCACUACAGCAAAAUUCAUCUCCAACAAUCCCAAUGCGUUUAGUUCUGAUGACGAGUAUUACAGCCAGCUGGUCAAGAAUUACCCACCGCUUAUUCCCAUUGAAACAAAUCUCAAAGAUGGGAUUAACCUCAGUGCUGCCAAUUUCAGUGGAUUUUCGAACAUAAGAAACUUAUACAUAACUGGACACAGCAAUGGAGCCAUAACCUUUUGGGAUGCGUCAUGUCCCUUUUUCACCCCAAUUUUGCAAUUAAAGCAACAGUGAAACUGAUUGGGAAGCUACAAGAUGGAACUGUUUUCACUAAGAAGGGCUAUGACGAUGAACAGCCUUUCGAGUUCAAAAUUGAUGAAGAGCAAGUACUUGAUGGACUUGAAAAAGCUGUGAAGAACAUGAAGAAAGGUGAAAUUGCAUUGCUGAUCAUACAACCUGACUAUGCUUUUGGUUCAUCUGGGUCCCCUCAGGAAUAUGCUAUUGUUCCUCCCAAUUCAACUGUGUACUAUGAAGUUGAGCUGCUUUCCUUUGUAAAGGAGAAGGAAUCAUGGGAUCUGAAUACACCAGAGAAGAUUGAGGCAGCUGGGAAAAAAAAGGAAGAAGGGAAUGCUUUAUUUAAGGUUGGCAAAUAUGAAAGAGCGUCAAAGAGAUAUGAAAAGGCCAUGAAAUUUAUUGAAUAUGAUUCUUCCUUCAGCGAUGAGGAGAAACAGCAAUCCAAGGCAUUGAAAAUCACAUGCAAUCUCAACAAUGCAGCCUGUAAGCUGAAGCUAAAGGAGUACAAACAGGCAGAAAAGUUGUGUACGAAGGCGUUGGAGCUUGAUGGUAGAAAUGUAAAAGCAUUGUACCGGAGGGCACAAGCAUAUCUUCAUCUUGUGGACUUGGAUCUAGCUGAGAGGGACAUUAAGAAAGCCCUGGAGAUUGAGCCAGAGAACAGGGAUGUAAAGAUGGAGUACAAAAUUUUGAAGCAGAAAGUUAGAGAAUUCAACAAGAAGGACGCACAGUUCUAUGGCAGCAGCAUGUUUGCUAAACUGAAUAGACUAGAACGAGCAAGAACAGCAACAUCAAAGCAGGAGCCUGUGCCAAUGACUAUUGACAGUAAAGCUUAAUCUGGGAGCUAUCUUUGUCUGUGGCCGUUUACGAACUACUAAUACGAUAUUCUAAUUAAUGUGGCGUCUCCCAUAAGUAGCUUUGCUCAUGUCUUGUGUGAUUUUCAUAUCUCUCUGCCGUCAGGUGUCGUCUUAAAUAUAUGUACACUGAUGAUUAAUAAGAAAUGAAGUAAACCAAGUUUUGGUAAA